AUGUCAGCACCACUACCACCAAAUUAUGGUUCCUCAAAAUCUGCACGAUCUGUAAAAAAAUUAUCGAAAAUUAGCAAAAAAUUAGCAAUUAAAAAGGAGCGACCUGUACCAAUGGGUGAUUUACCGCUUGAUGCGCCACCGGUUGAUUGUCCGCCCAUUUAUGAAUGUCUUGUAACGAUGAAACCGUUGAAAAAGCAUCGUUUUAGUACCACAAAGCGUUAUUUUGGUAGAGUUAACCAUGGAUUAAUGCAAUUAAUGCCAGAGAAAAGCGCUAAAGCGAAUAAUGAAGUUAUCGGUUCGGAAUGUACCAUCGAUCUAACCGCUGCAGUAAUUUCAUGUGACGACUCCAGACGGCGAUUAAUUUUUAAAUUCAAGAAAGAAUCACGUGAUAUUGGACCGGUGAACAAGAAUGACUAUGAUACAUUCAAGAAAAUGAUUCAGAAACAUCGUAAUUAUCGUCAAAGUGCUUAUCGUAACAAGAAAGAAGUUACCAAUGAAUUGAUGAAUGUGAAUUUAUAUCGGAAUAAUGAUUCAUAUACGGCAGUUGGACGUAGUAAAUUGAGAAUUUUAUCCUUAAAUAAAAGGUUUGUUAAUCCGGAACAAGACAGUGACGUGGGAAAAUUACGUGAAAACCUUCGGGGUAAUACUAUUAAUGAAUUAAAUGAAAAAGUGGUUAAAAUUACCAAUGAUAUCAAAGCGAUUGCAGUUGAAAUGAAGAAAAUACGAAAAGAAUUAAAGCAAUUAAUUAGAACAGUUCAAAGUGGGAAAGAAUUAAUAGAAAGCAAAGAAGACGAGGAAGAUUCUGAUUCCGAUGAUUCAGAUGAGAAAUCAGAUGCAACCAUCCCUAAUAAUAAUCAAACAUUAUUUGAUGCAAUUCAGAAACAAAAGGGCAAAAUUUGUUUACCUGAAGAAAUUGUUGAAAAAAAGGAAGAAAAACUCGAACGUUUACUGGAAGGAGGAGAAUUAGAAAAGAUGCAACCGCAGAAACGCAGGGAUCAGUUACCAAAACCAUCGGUAAUGGGUGAAGAGUUAGGCCUUCGACAAUUGAUGGCAAUCGUUGCACGACGCUUACCCUUACCAAUAUCUUUCUUUGAACCUCUUACAACAUUACAAGUUUUAUGCGAAGAAUUAAGAUAUUCGGGACAAACGUUAAAUCGAGCUAUAUUCGCUGAUGAUCCGGUAGAUCGUAUUGCUUAUGUAACAGCUUUUGCUAUAAGUAGCUACUCUGGUAUGGUAUCCCGGAAACAGAAACCGUUUAAUCCAUUACUUGGUGAAACAUUUGACUUUGUAUCGAACGACGGAUGGAAGUAUCAUGCUGAACAGGUAAGUCAUCAUCCAUCUAUAACUGCUGCUCACGCUGAAGGAUUAAAUUGGGAAUGGUGGCAAACACUAAUAUCAACACCCAAGACUACCUGGUCCGGUGUUAUUGAGGCGACACCGGAAUUGCCUGUCCGCAUACGGUUGGGUAAAGAGGAUUACUGCUGGAAUAGAGUAAAAGUAAUCAUAGAGAAUGCAUCAUCAACAGCUGAAUACCGGAAACUGAAAAUGGAUGGUACAAUGAAUAUGAGAUGUAGUAAUGGCUAUACAAGCACAGUGAUUUUCCGUAAAGAUCGACAGACUGAAGUGUAUGGCAGUAUAAUGGAUAAUCGCGGUGUUUUAGUUGUUAAACUUAACGGUUAUUAUGAUCGAUUUCUGCAGAAAGCAAAUCAAAAAGAUUACUUAUUCGAAGCAAUUCCAUUACCCAAAAAUGCGAACCAAUACUAUGGAUUUUCACAAUUUGCAUGUGGAUUGAAUGAAUUUUUGAAUAAUGAGGAGAAAUUAAGCGCUCCACAAACUGAUAGUCGAUUUAGACCGGAUUUGAAGGCUCUCGAAAAUGCUGACACUUCUCGAGCUGUUGAAGCUAAAGCUAAUCUUGAAAAACUGCAACGAGUACGUAAUGAAGCAACACAUAAACGUAUGUGGUUUGAACAGCGACAAGAUCUGAUGACCAAUACAACCUUAUGGGUUUGUAACGGCCGAUAUUGGCAAGCAAAGGAAAAAAAAUUCAAGGGUUAUUCGGAUAUGCUCCAAUUAUUCUGGUAA